GGUAUAGCAAAGCACCCUUGAUCAUUUUAACACGGGCCGCUUUUAUCUUUUGCCACUCGACGAGACCACAGUUCAGUUGUGGCAAGCUGGCCCGAUAUAAAACCUCAGCACAUGGCAAAUGCACAUCACACAACGUUCCUCCGCAGGCUCGAUCUUCUUGUGCAUCAUCACUUUCAUUGCAUCGCCCCAUCUACAUCGGUUGUCUGUGACACCAUGCCUUUCCCAUUCACUCUUGCCUGUAGACUCUUACUCCUCGUUAUUGGUAUCUGCAAUGUCAUAUCGAUUGUGAUUCUAAGUCCGGAUAUUGUUGCGCACACCGCAAGACCUUUGGAGGCUGUUGCUCUUGCGUCAAACAUCGUAGCUCUGUUGAUAUUCCUCAUUACUUUUUCAUUCUUGUGUUGCAGGCGACAUGCAGAAUCUAGCAACACUAGAAAUAUUGCUACCUUUGGCGCUUUGUGGCUUUCGGAUCAUCUUGUGUCCUUUUAACAAUCCAUGCACGUCAGAAUCACGCGACCGCCCUUUGUCAUGACCUUUCUCAGUCUGGUGACUGCACAAUGGCUAAUGUUCUCCUGGCUGUUUUCUAUAUGGCUUCUAUCUUUGGUUUGGUUGGUCUCGUAUUAGCAUCCCGGGAUAAACACCCCGGUAUCACUAAGGUCUCGCCUCGGUAUCCGAUCACUAAAGCAGCAAGUUCACAUUUCACUGCCUUCCAACACCCGCUGGACCCGG